UCAAUCUUAAAAAGCAGGAGAAUAUCUAUUAAAAAUAUAGAUUAAUGCGCAUUAUUUUAGAUAAAAAGCUCUAAAUAUUAAAUGCUUUAUUAUUCAAAAAGGUCUGUUUGUUUAGGAGAGGUUUUUCGGUAUACAAUUAUAGUAGAUCCAUCGUUUAAAGAAUUUGAAGAGACAUCAUGUAAGAGAUUAUGGCUUAGAAUAAAGAAUACGACUUCGCAUAUAUUUAGAGCAGGAUAUUUUAAAGGACCGUAUACACUUUAUGUAUCAGUUCGAAGGGAUGAUUAUUCAGUAGGAAAACCAUCAUUAGAUUUUAUGCCACAGUACUGUCCGAAUUUGAAUACAGGAUGUUCUUUUUGGGUGGAACUUCCUCUUGUAUUUGAGGAAUCUUUUGAAGAUUCAAAGACAGUGCCUUUUUUAAAAAAAAAAGGAUGGAUUGUUGAUAUUAUUAGUCAAAUUGUAUUUACAAAGUCAGCAAGGGUUUAUUUUGAGUUUUCAUUAUCAACAUCAAAGCAAAAAAUAUAUUGGGAAAAUUAUUUUGGGAUUGUAGAAAUUAAGAAUGUAUCUAUUAAAGUAUUCGAACAGGAUACUAAACAAUUAUGGUCUAUAGAUAAAAGCUUAAAGGAAAAUGGUGUAAGUGGUAGUGAUUCUUUGGAGAAGAAUAUUCAUUUUGUUGUUUUAACUCAUGGUCUUCAUUCAAAUGUCAGUGCAGAUUUAUUUUAUCUUAAAGAACGUAUUGAAGUAGAAGGACGCUUAAAAGGGGAGAAAUUGGUUGUUUCUGGUUAUAAUGGUAAUGUUUGUUUGACGGAUAAAGGGAUUGAAUACCUUGGAAAACGUCUUGCAGAAUGGGUGUUGAAAGAAGUUGGAUGGUUCGAAAAUGAAAAGCCGUAUUAUCAAAAAAUCUCAUUUAUCGGACAUAGUCUUGGUGGAUUAAUACAGCUUUAUGCUAUAGGUUGGAUAUGGAUACGAACAGAAGGGAAAUUCUAUGAUGUUUCUAAUAAUGGUCUUGUUCCAGUUAAUUUUAUUACGCUUGCUACUCCAUGGCUUGGAUUAUUUGCAGAAAAUCCGAAAUAUAUAACGAAAGCAUUAGAGUUUGGAAUUGUAGGAAGAACAGGGAAGGAGUUAGGAUUUACAAUGAAAUAUGAUAAAGGAGCAUGUUCGAAACAUAUUGGUGAAACGGAUAACCAUUUACCUCUUUUAAGAACGUUGUCACUCGAAAAAAGUCCAUUUAGAAAGGCACUUAAGCUUUUUAAAAGAAGAACGUUAUAUUCAAAUAUUAUUAAUGACGGAAUUGUUCCAUUAAGAACAAGUUCCUUAUUUUUUCUUGAUUGGAAAAACAUUGACUAUUUUGAAAAGAAAAAUCUUAAUCAAUAUCAAAAAGGUGCUUUAUAUUCAAUUCAAACGGAAAGAAAUUAUCAAGAUCAUCAUGAGCAAAAAAAUAAUGAUGAAUCUAUAAACACUAGCAGUUCAUCCCAAAUAGAACCUACGAUGUCGUCUAAUGUAUCAAUGCAAACAAAUGCUACUAGCUUUUCUCUCACAAUGCCACAUAUAGAAGAAUUUUGCUGUUCGGAUAAUAAUAAAUCUAAUAAUAGUAAAUUUGAGAGUACAAUUUUAGACACAUCUAAAAACAUGGGAUUCUUAAAUGAAGUUGAAUCUACAAUGAAUUCUCAAUCUAGUCUAAAGGAAUUUUUUAUAUUUAAACCCAGUCGUACUUCACCUUCAAAAACAGAUGUUCAAUUACCUUUAUAUUUAAAUUCUAUGUAUCCGUAUAAUUCAGUUUCUUAUGACUGUGAUUCUUUAAAAUUAAUUAAAAAUAAUCAUAUUUUGGACUCUUCAAAAACAGGCGAAUCGAUGAAUACAUUAUCUUUUAUCUCUUCAUUUAAAAAUUACUUUAAAAAUAAACAUGAUAGAAAUAAUUGGAAAAUAAAACGAGAUAAACAAAAUAAAACAAUUAGGAGUAAUGAUAGUUAUUAUACAUGUUCUCAUCAAAAGGCUGAUUUUAUACCCAAAAUGAGUUUCUUUCAAAGUGCAAGCAAAGUUUUAAAACCGCCUUUGCCGAAAAAAGACUAUUUUAUUAACCCUUGUCGAACGAAAACUAUAGUUCAUGACCAAUAUUAUUAUCCUGAUGAUAUAUUAAAAAAGUUUUCUAAGCUUUAUUCUAAAUUAAGUAUUAUCUCUGAAAAUGGAAAAAACAGUAUAAAAAGGAAUAAAGUUUUUAAAGAAAAGUUAAAACUUCAGGAAAAGAUUGCGAAAGAAUGGCAUUCUGAUAUGGUUUGGAGAAAAGUUCUUGUAUAUCUGGAACCUGAUGCGCAUAAUAAUAUAAUUUGUAGAAGAAUGUUUGUAAAUGCAUAUGGUUGGCCAGUUAUAGAACAUUUGGCAUCAAAUCAUUUUGGAAAGGAUCCUAAAGAUGAAUCUAAUAAUAAAUUAGAGUUAGAAAAAGAAACAUAUAAUAAUAAUUUAGUUAAUCAUACGAAAAUUAAUGAUGAUAUUUUUAUACAUAAUAAUGAGAUAUGAUUUAAUUAUGAAAUAAAUCUGGA